UCGCCACCGUUAGCAUCAAAAACAUUUGCACCUCAAGGAAGGCUGCGCGAAUAAUUGUCGCGCUUUCCUCUUGUUGGAGUUUGCUCUUUCCUCGUAACCGAAGUACCGAACAAUCAAAAGCCAUAAACCCUGAAACGCCAAUUAAUCCAUAAAAUUAACAACAAAUGGGAACCGCAUCACCGCAAAAUCUGGAGGAGUACUCGGCCACCUCCACAGUGACAACAUUCGAUCGCCCGGUGCCCUUGCUCCGCGGACCCAUCCGGGCCGGUCCACUGGACGACCCAUCGACCGGACCGUACGUGCUCGCGUUUCGGGACCCCCAAGCCUGGGCCUCCGCAUUCAAAUCCUGCGAGUCCAAGCUCGUGGACCAGUGCGAGCAUGGCGCGAGAGUCGGGUGCGCCAUUGCCGCGUCCAACAAGUGCAAACUCCCUUGGUGGCGCGCCAUGGUUGGCCAGAGGGCGACGGAUCUGAGCGAGCGCGAGAGGUGCGAGGAGCGAGAAAUGGAGGGUUGUGUCUUGGCAGCGAAGGAGAAGUGUAUUGGGUUCGCGAGGGACAAGUGUGCGACGCCUUUUCGGGAUGCGCGGGUUGCGGUGAGGGAAGGGCGGGUGAGGAUGAAGGAUCUUGGAAAGUUGAUCGCUUGGGCACCGGUUGCCUAUAGGAGUACGUGGGUGAAUCUGAUUGGAUUGGAUCAAUUGGGUGGGCGGGUUUUGGCGGUGACGAAUUAUAGGGCUAGUGAAUUGCUCGGUCCUGAUACCAAUUUUGAAAGGGUUUUAAAAAGCGGAAAUUGAGAAGUGCUUGGUAGGGGCAGCGAGUCCCUUUUGCAUUUGUAGCACUUGGGUGAAGAGGACUGCCCUGUUUGAACAGGUAAAAGAGGACUGAAGCGCUCUCAGAUCUGUCAUUUUAAACAGUGGUCUCUCUGACAAGUGGAGCACAUGUAGCGAACAAAAAUUUCCAUGCCUUUGGAAGAGGAAAUUUCGCAGAGGUUUCAAGAGCAUUUAUUUAGUUAGACAAGGUGGUCGGCUAGUGGAAUGAGUUUUCCACAUUCGUGUUGUCAUCCAUAAGCAGUUUUAUUAAUCUGAAGCAACAUCGUGGAAGUUGCGCCGGCAGGCGCCUUGGACGGGGUCAGAGUCCACGUGAAAACACGAGGUAUGUUCCUUCUUGGCUUUGUUGGGCGCAUUAAAAGGUUCUUUAUGCGGAGUCAACAAUAGCAACCACCUUGUUUUUGGCUUGAUUGUUGUUGUUGCCAACCCCGUGAUCUAUUCCUGAAAAACGGAAAGGUUACAGACCCACCAAUCUGACAGAUGUAAAAAACUGGGGAAAAGGCAAGUGGGUCGGAUUUCCACCUGCGAAAAUUAAUCCAUCAAGGUCAAAAGGUGAAAAUUUUA